AUGGUUUCUGUUAUAUCGCUUCCUGAGCAAAUUUCGCUCGAGGACAGUACUCCUUUUCCUCUUACUCUCGCACCGAAAUCGAACUGUCUGAAAAGAUUGUCUGAUGUGGUCUCAUUUGUGGAACAACAUCGUGAUGAAUUACUUUCACGUCUUCUUCAAUGUGGUGCCAUUCUUUUCCGUGACUUUCCCAUUGCUGAUGCUUUUGAAUUUGAUACAUUUGCACGCACAUUCCACUGGAUGCCGUUGCCUUAUGUUGGCGGUGCAGCACCACGUAAACAAGUGACAAGCAUCGUGUUUACUUCGAACGAAAGCCCACCAUCAGAACCUAUUCCAUUUCACCAUGAAAUGGCACAAGUACCGAAAUUUCCUAAACAUCUGAUGUUUUUUUGUGAAGUACCAUCUAAAAGCGGUGGUGAAACACCCAUCGCCUACUCGCCAAUGGUUUACAAUCGAAUUAAUAAUGCAUUACCUUAUUUUGUACGAAAAUUAGAAGAAAAACAAAUACGAUACACUCGAAUAUUGCCCGAUGGUGACGAUCCGCAAUCAGCUAUCGGACGAGGAUGGCAAUCGACUUAUCAAACAGAAGAUCGCAAACAUGCAGAAGAAGCUUGCCGAGAGCAAGGCACUGGUAUGUAUGAAAGUUUUAAUUAUCAAGAAAGAACAAUUGUUUGGAUUCAGAUUGUGCAUGGCUUGACAAUGGCUGUUUGA